AAAAAUGGCAAUAACCAACGCUGCCCUCUUCAUUCCUCAACAAUAUUACACAAUUUUGUUUUGAAAAUGGCUCUCUCUUGCUCUUUUCCAAAAAAGCUCAAUAAUUACUCUCCUGAUCCCCUAGUUUUGUUCUUGCUACUUCCUUGUCUUAUGGGGUUUGUACUGAAGACGGCAGAAGCUGGGAGCUUCUACCAGGAACUGGACGUAACAUGGGGAGAUGGCCGGGGAAAGAUAAUGGAGAAUGGGAAUCUCCUUACUCUGUCCCUUGACAGAGCCUCUGGUUCAGGCUUCCAGUCAAAGAAGCAAUACCUCUUCGGCAGGUUCGAUUUGAAAAUCAAACUCGUUCCUGCCAACUCAGCAGGCACAGUCACCGCCUAUUAUUUGCGCUCGCAAGGGUCGUCAUGGGAUGAAAUAGACUUCGAAUUCCUUGGAAACUUGAGUGGGGAACCCUACAUUGUACAUACGAAUGUGUAUACACAAGGACAAGGCAACAGGGAGCAGCAAUUCUACCUGUGGUUUGAUCCAACGGCUGAUUUUCACACCUACUCCUUCCUAUGGAAUCCUGCGCACAUAGUGUUCUACGUGGACGGGAGGCCCAUCAGAGAGUUCAGGAACGUGGAAUCCAUGGGGACGCCGUAUCCAAACAAACAGGAGAUGAGGCUAUACGGCAGCCUAUGGAACGCCGACGAUUGGGCCACGAGAGGAGGGCUGGUGAAGACGGACUGGACCAAGGCCCCCUUCACGGCUUCCUUCAGAAGCUACAAUCCCAAUGCGUGCGUGUUGUCCAAUGGAGCGUCGUCUUGCCGGAACGCCGCGCCGUGGCUGUCGCAGGAGCUCGAUUCCGCCACCCAGAGGAUGCUGCGAUGGGUUCAGAAGAAUUAUAUGAUUUAUAAUUACUGCGCUGACAAAAGGCGAUUCCCUCAAGGCCUUCCUCCGGAGUGCACUCUCCCCACCAAGCCAUAGGCGGAAGAUUAAUUCUGUUAAGAUUUAAUUUAUUUUAAGUCCUGUACCUAUUUUAUUGCGAGUAAUUAAAUGAAUAAAAUAACCGACUUC